AAAAAGUGUGACAGCCCGUCUCUUAAAAGUUAAUAGACGACGACGGCUUCUUCUCUUCUUGUCCGAAUCGUACGUCAAACUCUUCGAUAUCUCUCUCCCCCCAGACCGUAUCAUUUAAUCCUCAGAUCACCAUCACCAGCGACCGAACGAGAGAGAUAGAGACGACUCAUCUUCUUCCGUUUUCGUCAACAUGCAGCCUUGGGGAUAGCAGCAACGUGCGAGUGAUUGAGUGAGGUAGAAGAGGAUGGUGAGUAAGGUGAAGACAGAGACGAUGAGGGCAUGCCUGAGCUGCCCUCUCUGCGACAAUAUCCUCCGUGACGCCACCACUAUUUCCGAGUGCCUUCACACAUUUUGCAGGAAAUGCAUCUAUGAGAAAAUCACAGAGGAUGAGAUAGAGAGCUGUCCAGUAUGCAAUAUCGACCUCGGUGGCACCCCACUUGAGAAGCUGAGGCCUGACCACAAUUUGCAAGACUUGAGAGCCAAAAUCUUUCCUCUUAAACGAAAAAAAGUGAAAGCUCCUGAAAUUGUGUCCUUACCGGCAAAGAGGAAGGAGAGAUCUAUAUCGUCUUUGGUUGUGACCACACCUAGGGUGUCAGCACAAACUGGAACAACGGGAAGAAGAUCUAAAGCGUCUACAAGAAAAGAAUUACGUAAUGGUUCUUUGGCUGAGAGAAGUGUGAAGAAAGAAGAAUCUUCUGGGGAUGAGCUCACAAACUCACCCGACACUCUUAUCAAAUUCACUCAGAAGAAAAGGCAGUUGAAGAAGUCAUGUAAAGUGUCCUUCUCCAAUAAAGAAAACAAGGAUGGGGAUGAACCCUGGGAUUCCAAACUGGAUUGGAAACCUUUAAACUUUCUGGUUGAAGUGGCAAAUAGGACAAAGCCCCCGAAGUCUUCUGCUUCUCAAGGGUCGGGCUCAAAAUCUGAGCUUGCAUCUCGCAAUCAAUUUCAAGGGUUUAAAACCAAAACUAAGGAUCCAAAAAGCAAAUGUAAACUUGAGGAUGAAAAGUCUAACAAUGGUGAUCCUAUGACAUCAGAAACAGCUACUCCUAAAAGACUGCGUAGGACUAGACGCAAAAGGUCUGCAACCACUUUUGGUGAUUCAAGAAAUUUGGCCCAACCAGAUGAGGCAAGUGCACAGCAGGAGAGGAGAAAUGGUCCUGUGUGGUUCUCACUUGUGACCUCCAAUGAUAAGGAAGGAGAAACUUCUUUGCCUCAAAUUCCAUCAAGUUUUUUGAGAAUAAAGGAUGGAAACAUUCCAGUUUCUUUCAUUCAAAAGUACCUCAUGGGGAAGCUAGAUAUCGAGAGUGAAACUGAGAUAGAGAUAACUUGUAUGGGAGAGGUGAUGAUCCCGACACUGAAGCUUCACGAUGUAGUGGAUCUAUGGCUGCAGAAGAGUUCAAAGCACCAACGGUUUGCUGCAUCGAUAGGUUCCUCUGGAAAGGAUUUUAUGAUGGUGCUUGCCUAUGCUCGGAAGCCACCAAAGUGCAACAAGUAAAGAGACUAUAAAGAAUCCUGUUGUUGCCUAUUCUGUGGAGACAGAGAAAUCUUUUUUUACUUUAUGGAUUCUCAAAAAGCGUUGCAAGAGAGAACAUUACUAGACCUGCAGGAGCGGUCGAAUUAGUUGUAACUGUUCUUUUAUAAACAACAUAUGCACUCCUUAGACGCUUUUCUAUCGUAGCAAAAUACAAAAUUUGUCUUUUCCUUCUCUCUUCUUCUUCUCUUAUCUCUAUGUGUCCUCUUCAGACUUGCAUGUAAUGUUGUUGUCACUCUCUAAUCAAGUGUUGUAGUUUAGAUGUUCUA